GAAGUGCGCAUGCGCCUUGCCGUUCUAGACAAACGCUGCUGUUUGUUGCGUUUUCAUCCCGGAAAAAGUGUCGAGAUGUCCAUGUUUCAUCCCUUCUCCUGACGACAGCUUUCACAGUGAACGCAGAAAGCCCUUUUGUAAGGUGUUUGUGAUCAAGCAUGAUGGGUGCUCUGGGGAACGGGCGACGUGGCGGACGCUCUCCAUCUCUGCUGAUGGCGGCGCUCAUCUCCUGCAUCCUCCUGCUCGCCUUCAACUACUGGGUCUCCAACUCCAGAAACGUAGAGCUCCAGAGCAAGAUAUUGGAGCUGGAGGACCGCAUUCGGCUGCUGUCAGCAGACCGGGAAAGAGAAGAGCAGAGCAAGCUGAAAGCAGAGGACGAGAUGCACAGACAGAACGAACAGCUGGAGUUGAUGGAGAAAACACACCACAGACAGCAGGAGAACGCUAUCAACAGCUGGAGACAGGAAAAAGAGAAUCUGCAGCUCAACAUUUCCUCCAGUGCUAAAGCAGUACAAAACAUGAAGAACCGUAUGAAGUCGUUACUGGAGGAUGUGAAUAAGAUGCAGAGUGAACUGAAGUCCUGUCAUAGUAGUAUGGACACGCUCACAAAGAAAGCCAACAGUGACAAGACUCGGUGUAACAAAGAAAUUGAGGCAACAAAAGAGGAAUGCAGUGUGAAGAUAGCAGCUGCCAAACAAGAGAAACUCAAGACGGCUGAAAAGGUGGAUCCACAGGAUGCUGAUGGUCCCGAGCAGAAAGUCUUGAAAGCCAAAUCUGAUGUUCUCGCUUCAAACGAUUUAAAUAAAAACCCAGCAGAACCUCCAAACGGAAAACCAGAUGUGGAUUCACCAUCCAAUCUCGAUGCUCAGGUUGAAACCAAUGAGUUGGUAGUGGAGAAAGAUGCUAAAGAUGCUGUGAUUUUACAAGACACGCCUAUUGCUGCCUCCAAACUGACCAACAAGAGUGAGACCCUCAAAAAGCCAGCCUAUGAAGCGGUUGCAGAAGCAGUGGAGGACAUUAAAGAACCGGCUCCAAAGGAUGCAGAGGCUGUGCUGGAUGAAGCAGAUAUUUUAGAACCGAAGGAAAAUGAGGCUGGGAUUGGAGAUGCCAAUGAGGAAGAUGAUGUUGGGAUUGGAGAUGCGAAUCAGGAAGAAGAUGAUGAGGAUUUAAAACUGAAAGCCGGGGAUCUGAAGGAGGAAGAUGCUGCAGUUGGGAAGGAAGAUGCCAUCAUGUACGACAACGAGGGCGAGAUCGAGAAACAGCUCUCUCAGAUUAAAGAUGAAAACCAAGGCGCAGGUCAAGAUCUAGAGGACGAUGUGGCUAAUUAUAACGGAGAUGACGAGAACCAGCCUGAGUCUGAGGAUGAGAAGCAGGCAGAGCUGGCAGGGAUGUAAAAAAACACCUUCAGCUGAACAUUACCGUGUUUUUACCCUCCCAGCAGCUCAGCUAUAAGGUGGGAGACCUACACUGCUGUAAAGACUGAUGUGUGCUGGACAAAACUGCACUACUGGGUAAUGAAGGAUAUGAGUUUGUCUCAUACGCCUUACAGGACAACAGACAUGUUGAAAACUUACUUUUUCUAGGUCUGAUUUUAGAUUCAGCUUGAAUGAAACUACUUAUUACGUCGCGCCUUUAAAUUAACGAGUCAUGAUGAUGAAUUUCCCCUUGUUUUCUGUUACAAAACAACAAUGAAACUGAAUUUUGAAAGAUUUUAAUUGCUCAAAAGAACGUGAAUAUUAAGACGUGUAAACUGAAAGUCUUUGAUUGGCUGUAAAACGUUACUUUUAUGUUGAUUUAUAUUCAUUUUGUAACUUUUUUUUUGGGAACUGGAAUUAUUAUUUUUUUUGUUCAAAAAUGGGUUUCUAAAUAUAUUUAUGUUCUAAUAAAGUUUUUAGUUGUGUUC